CCGAACAUGCAGAUGAUUGCUGUUGCAAUUGGCGGGUGUACUCUCUCUCUCUGGUUACUGCUAUAAACAACAACAGAAAUGGAAAUCUCAUCAGUGCAAAUGCUCUAUAAACAUUUAAUUUUCUUAGCCGUUCAACGAUGCCGCAUGUCUGAUGAUCUUUGCAGAUUAACUGUCAAAUUGACCUCCUCUUCUCGAUUUCCACUCCACUUCGUUCGAAUUUCAGUUUCUGAUACUGGUGUCGGGAGCAAACUGGAGGAAUACCAAUAUUUGAAAUACGGAGAUGACCUUGUUCUGGCUAAUCAAUGGGAUGGGAUGAUUUCUAUUGCAACUACAAGCAUAUCUGAUAGUGAGAUACACAACUUAAACUUAAAUUUAAAAGAAUUUAUUUCUGCUGGGAGACUGACAAAGCUACCCUCAACUGUAAAGAAUGGUGUCAAAUUCAGCGGGACUGAAGUAUCAGUAUCAAUAUCCAAGAGCCUUGAUGACUUAUUGGCAGAGGUGACCUGCUUUCUUCAGAAGAUGAUCCUUGUGAAGAUUCCGAGAGUUGUAUUGGAACUCUUAGUUAGUGGCGAUGACCCUUUGGGAUCACAGUUUGAAAGUCGUAUUCUGGCAAUUGAGGGAAGUUCUGUGUGUUCUCCCGUUGAAAGCAUAAAAUGCUUGGAAGUAGGACUCAAGGAUUAUGUUCAUAAUCACCACACUUACUUCUCAACUGGGGAAAAUCUGAAGGUUGGAACUGGGGUUGCUAAAUCUUCUGGAAGUUCUCAGGGCAAUAGCCAGGUGGUGGAAGCUGUGGUGAUUAUCAGUGAGAUGUCAGAACCAUUCCCUUCUUCCUGCAUCAGGGAACAAGACAUGAAAACAGAGAUCUUAUGUUUCACGGACUUUGUUCCUUGUUCGGUUGCUCAGUCAUCCCUUGAUGCAUUGACAAGCAUCAACUGGAAAAGUUAUGGGUUGACUCUACCGAACGUUGCAGAUCAUGAUGGUUGUGUAAUGCUGGAAUGGGAGAACCUACCACCAUAUUUCCACAUUCAUAUUGCCAUCCAUUGUUACCAUAGACAGGUGAAACAGUGGGUUGCACAAAACAGUUUACCUGAUCGAAAUCUUGCUAGAAAAGCUGUCAAAUGUGCUUUGGAUGACUUAAAGGAAAAUAAUCAAGGGAUUCUCCUAAGUACACGUGCACUUAAGAUGUGUGAUUAUGCACCUGAUCUUGCAAAAACUCUUGCUCGCCUGAUCUUAUCCUCCAAUGACUUGAACUUCCAAGAAGAAUGUUGUUCUCUUCUCGGAGUACAGUCUCAAGAGGUUAACACGGAUAAUGUUGGAAAUUGCAUCAGAGAGAAGAUAGUUUCAGUCAUCGGAUUGAAUGACUGUAACCCCCAGAAACAUACGGAAGCCCCAAGCUUCCUCUUUCAAGAUGAUUGCUUCCAGAGAGAGGAUUUCAUGGACGAGGAAUAUCAAGAAGGUGAAGAAGCUUACAGCUCUUUGGAUCUGUAGAAGGUUAAAAGCAUUGUUAGAUAUCCAGUUAUUAAUAUCUUCUAUUAUGUAUAUGGUUUAUCUUACAAUCAAACUAUACUAAUUUCUGUUAAGCUUUUAUUAUUGCUAUUGAAGGGUAAAUGGAUUUAUCUUUUUGGGGGAAAACAAUUUAUGAACUUAAUGGUCUUUCAGUUUUU